AUGAUUUUUGAACCCGCAGAGAGGACUUUGCUCCCCACGAAGGACCUGUUGUCCUACAUUUUUGACAAUCCAUCAUACGACCAGGACCAGCCAAUCUACAUCGACGUCCACAAUCCCUCGCGCUCAAUUUCAUGCAAUCAAGCCCGCAAGUUGAUCCGACAGCUGAUUGCCGGUUUGCGAGCAGCUGGAAUUCAACAGGGCGAUUGUGUGCUCAUCCAUUCUUUCAAUGAUAUAAAUUAUAGCAUCCUUGUUUUAGCAAUUAUUGGAGCUGGGGGUAUUUUCACAGGUUCAAACCCAUCGUACACCCCGCAUGAGCUCGCACAUCACAUCAAUGCGUCCCAAACCAAGUUCUUGAUUUCGGAGCCCGAGAUUCUGGAUUCUCUGCUCAAUGCAGCAAAGCAGACGAAGAUACCUGAAAACCGUAUAUGGGUGUUCGAUAAUUUGGGACAGUCUGUACCGAAUGGAAUGCGAUCAUGGAAGCAUUUGUUUGACGCUGGUGAGGAUGACUGGGUGCGAUUUAAUAAUCUAGAUACCGCUCGCCAAACCACAGCCGCACGAUUAUUCAGUAGCGGAACGACUGGUCUGCCCAAAGCUGUGAUGAUAACGCACUACAAUCUCAUUGCGCAACAUGAGCUGGUCCAUGCUGCCACUUCUCGCCCGUUUCCCACCUCGCGUGUUAUAGCCAUGCCGGUCUUCCAUGCAUCAGCUGCUCCUGUCACCCAUAUCACAACACUGAAAGCAGGAAAUGUUGCAUAUAUGAUGCGCCGAUUUGACCUCGAAAAGUACCUCCAAACAGUGGAAAAGUACGAUGUCACGGACCUUGCUAUGGUCCCGCCGAUCGUGAUUGGGAUCCUCAUGUCACCCAUCUCCAAGCAGAGACCCUAUCUCAAAAAGACCCGCAUUGCGUCUUGUGGCGCGGCACCUCUAGACAAGGGUAUCCAGGCGCGCUUCCGGUCACUCAUGGGUUACAACUCUCCUUUCACCCAAGUAUGGGGCAUGACCGAAACAUCGUGUGUUGCUACUUGUUUCCCUUACCCAGAGCAUGAUGAUACCGGAUCUGUUGGGCGUCUCAUUGCAAACCUCGAAGCUAAACUGAUAGACGAGGAUGGCAACAACAUCUCGGCAUACGGCGUUCGUGGUGAACUGUGCGUUCGAGGUCCCACAGUGACACCAGGCUACUUCAAUAACUCUGAAGCGAACUCGGAAUCAUUUGACUCGGAUGGCUGGUUCAAAACAGGAGACAUUGCGUAUUGCGACAAGAGUACCAGAAAAUGGUACAUUGUGGACCGAAGAAAAGAGCUAAUCAAAGUUCGCGGCUUCCAGGUUGCACCACCAGAACUCGAAGCUGUACUCCUCUCGCACCCCCAGAUUGUGGAUGCAGCAGUCAUAGGAAUCACCUUCUCAAAUGCGGACACAGAGUUCCCACGCGCUUAUGUCGUUCGAAGACCCGGAGAAUCAGGCUCUCAUCUUACGGAGGACGACAUUCAGAAGUUCAUCCUCACACGUCUUGCAAAAUACAAAGCGCUUACCGGAGGUGUGAAGUUUGUUGGUGCAAUCUCUCGCAACCCAAGCGGGAAGAUCUUGAAGAGGGUUCUGCGUGAGGAUGCGAAGCGGGAAAUCGAGACCGGGAGUAUCAAGCCCAAACUUUAG